AUGGCUAUAUUCACAUCUAUCUUUCUGAUAAAUAGUUUAACUGCAUUACUGGUUGCUGACCAGGAUAAAUCGUCAUGCCUUAAGCGUUGUUUUCGUCUAUAUGAACGCUCAUUAAAUCGUAUGGCACAAACGGUUGAAAAUGUUCAGCGGAAAUCAUUUGAUUUUAUGGAUUGUUCGCAUCAGUGUGAAAGUUCCGACAAUGCGAAUGCAACAGAUUUAUCGAAUUUCAUAAAAUCUAAUUGCUUCAGUUUAAUGAAAGUCACCGAUUUGUCGUUACGAUGUCUUUGUCACAUUCCAGACAGUUUACCAAAAUUCGAAUGUAUUCGAAGGUAUCACUCGUUUGUCGAAAUACGGUGUUCAUCACAUCUUGAUGAAGCAGUUCGUUUAAAAAUCCAGAUUAAUGGAAGCACAAAAGAGAUUUGCCGCGAUGAAUUUCUUCGUCAAUGCCAUAUUUAUGCGGUUGUGGAAAAAGAACAAAUUUUUAAGGAUAUAUUCAAAUCAAAAAAUGCCAAUGAUGAAGCAAAGUUGCAAAAUUGGGUAACCAAGGUACUUAUCAAAUGCAUUUCGAAAAACCAUAUCAGAAAUGGUGAAAAUUUUAGAAAAAAUGCAACAAUAUUAGAAAUUAUCAGUUUACAUGAGAAACAUCAUCAUGAGGAAGAAAUAGAGAAUGAAUCGUCGACACCAACUUAUGCAAUUACUACUAAAAAAUUAUUUUCACCUGAUAAUGACCUUCUAUAUUCACCACCAAAUUUCUUUUAUUCAUCAUUAAGAUGGCGAUCGCCAACUCCGCAAAGUUAUACUCGACCCACUUUCAAUGUUGAUGAUUUCGACUUCGGUGCUUCACGCGUCGAUAAUAGUACUAAUUACGUAGAAAAUAAUUACAAAAUGCGAGAAAUCGAAUCAAAAAAUCCAGCUCACUUUCAUGGAGCACAGAAUGGUAGCAUCCAUAUGGAUAACCGACAUCAACCAAUAAUUUUGCAAACAGCUAACCCAAUAUUUUCCUCCACACGCAUUCAUAACAUCACAACUGCCGGUGCAGCACAAAUUUCCACCACACACCAAACCGGGAAACAACUGGGCAAUUCGGCAACUUCCACGUCACCCGAGCGAUUUUUACCCACAAAACAAAAGUUGGGCAAACAGCAAAUUCUUCUUAUGAAUGGAACGAUUCAAGACAAUGCUCAACACAGUAAAAUACUUAUUCGACCAUUUGAUACGUCAUUUGAGCCAGUGGCUAAUAGAUCAAUUUCUGUUGGAAUGGAAGCUGCUCACAUUAAGAAACAAACAGAUGAACGACCCACAUUGCUUGGACAAACCAUAAUCUACAAAGCGCCGAUACGAAAAUAUAUUUCACCGGAUGAUCACCACCCUGCAGAUGCAGGAAUAUCUGCAAGCGAUAACGAAUGGACUGAAUCACAUUUACUUGCAAUAUAUGCAAUAUUGUUGUCUUUGGCCAUAACUGUUGCAGUUUUACUCAUUGCUGCUUUUGUAGUUAAUAUGCAAAAAUCUCACCAAGCACAUAACUAA